CCUACCAACCCACAAACACUUAACAAAUUGUAGCCUAUAUAAGCAUAUAUUGUGCCACUCCAUGCACAAUGCAAAACCAAGCGAGAUCUGCCAACAUGGCAGCAGCAAGAGCUUCCACGCAUGCGGAAGCACUCGUCAAGGUGACAUGCAUGGUGGCACUCGCCAUCGCUCUGCUCGCGCCGUGCUGCGUGGCAUCCUCGAGGUCACUGCUGCUGGUCUCCUCCUCACUCGCCGCCGAUGCACCGGAAGGCAGCCAGCAGGCCGGUGAUGAUGCGUCGGCGCCGGCAGCGGUGCCGGUGCUAGAGCCGCAGCCGCCGGCUGCAGAUGCUGCAGCCCCGCCGGCGGUGGGAACUCCGGAGUCCACCGCCCCUGUCGCCGCCGCGCCGCCGCCGUUGACGGGUCCCCACGGCCAGCACGUGAAGAGCAAGCACAAGGACCACGAGAAGGCAGCGCCACCGAAGUCCAAGCACCAUCACCCGAAGGCGCCGCCCAAGCACCACGGGCACCACGCGCCUCCUCCGGAGCCGGAGCCGGACGUUUCGCCACCCGCGCCGCCGCCGGAGCCGUACACACCAGGUGCGCCGGCGGCCGACAGCCCGCACGGCCAGAACCCGCCGUGGCCGUUCCCGUGGCCGCGCCCGCCGGCCACCGGCAAGUGGCCGCCGCUGCCGCCGUUCCCGUUCCACCCGCCGCCGCUGCCCGCGUGGCCGCACCCGCAGCCCGGGAACAAAAACCCGUGGCCGCCGCUGCCGCCGUUCCACCCGCCGCCGUUCCCGGCGUGGCCGCACCCCGGCCCGGGCGGCAAGUGGCCGCCGCUACCUCCGUUCCCGUUCCACCCGCCGCCGGUCCCGGCGUGGCCGCACCCCGGCCCCGGCGGCAAGUGGCCGCCGCUGCCGCCGUUCCCUUUCCACCCGCCGCCGACGCCGGCGUGGCCGUGGCCUCGUCAUCCAGGAAACCCGUGGACGCCGCCGUCCUUGCACGGCAGCGAUGGCUUCCCUUCGACGACGGUGCAGCAGGACUCCAAGAACUGACGCAUGCGCGCGCUCUUUUGGCCCGAUAACACGAGAGGGGAUUUUAUUUAUAUAAUGAAUUUGUUUCAGCUAAAGGAGGUAUCGAACGAUGAUCGUGUAUGCUGUAAAAGUAAUUAUGAUUUGUGUUAAUUUGAUCAGGCUCAAGAGCCAUGAUUAUGAUAUGAAUAAAAUUAAUCAGAGCAGAAAUUUAAAGUUUUU